UGCAUCAGUAGAAGAUUUGCCUGUAAUUAUUGGCCAGAUGGGCAAACUCUUGAGCAUGAUCUGGCCACUGGGAGGCUUAGGAUCAUAUAUCAAUGCUCCAUCUCUGGAUGCCUUGGCUUAUCUUGCUCCAGUCCUGGAGCAGGUGAUGACUGGGAAGGCAGACCAAGACACAUGGAACAAACUUGAAAAGCUGCUAGAAGCUCUACUGUCAACCCUCAAUGGAACAGAGCUAUUGGACAGUGUCCCCUCUGUUAUUCCACUGUUUGAAAAAAUCAUAGGAAGUACGGUGAACAACAUGCUAGCAGAGAAUGUGAUGAUUCUAAGCCUUCAGAUGCCCGUGGUGACCCUGAUGAAAGAAAUUGCACAUUCUUUGAACACCAGUCAUUUUAACUUGUCUGAGGUCUUGGAAGGAAUGCAACGUGCCAUUGAACUCACGGUGCAGGCUGCUCAGCAGGCUAAUGGAACAUUGGAGUGCAGUGAAGCUCUCAAAGCAUGGGAGCCAGUAAGAGAGGCAGCAGGGUUAAGCAACGCCACCAUGGCUAUGUGGUGCAACAUCAACCUGAAGCCUGUUUUUGAGGCCUUUCAUGCAGCGCAGACUGUCUAUGCCCACCUGAACAUGAGUCAGAUGGGGUUGGGGCCAGUGACUGUGGGCGACACAGCUGCCAGUAUUGUCAAGACUCUACAGUCACUCUACCAAGUCAGCAUUAACCGUACACUUGUGGCAGAGCAACUCAUCAUGGCUCUCUCCAGCCAGCUCUCUGUGCUGGCGGCGCAGCCUCUGAGCCCCGAGGCACAGCUUUACUUGUACAAGCAGCUCCAGGACAUGCAGCUGCAAAACAGUCUGUCUUCCUUCAGAUUGCUCUUGGAUGAGCUUCUAAGCGUGGCCCCAUUCUCCCAGCCUUACACUGAAGCUGUAGAUAAAACACUGAGUUACAUCCUGGACAACUACCUUUUCAUGCAAGACUCACCCCAGGACCUCUUCAGAGAAGCAGUAAUGAUUUUCCUGUCCUCUGCAAACAUCACCUCCAACAACAUUUUCUCCAUUACCUGGGGAAAUUCUUCUGGACUCAAUGAAGCAGCUUUUACUGACUUGAUGAGGGAAGCUGUCAUUCUGAUGACGGACAUCAAGAUAUUUGGGGAUGUGCCAGCGGUCUACCAAGCCUUGGAGCAAUUUCUGGCCUCCAAUGACACAAGCUUGAUUGUGCAAAAGGUGGCAGAGCUGUCUGCAUGGUUGACCUCCACGCAAGCGUCUGGACUGGAUCUGCUGACUCAGGCUCUGCCCAAAAUCUAUGACAUCCUCAGGCCUCUCUUGUCUGUUCUGACCCAAAUGGGUAUGGACAUGCCAGCAAACACAGAGCUGUUUGAAGACCUAGCUGGAAACACAAUGGCAAUGCUGAGCCAGCUCGUUAGCAACAGUGGUCUUCUGGCCCCCUUGGACUCCCAUCCGAGUAUGUUUCAGCAGGAAAUGACAGGCGGUAACCAAGCGAAGAGGGUCCGACGUAGACGCGAGGCCCCGUUCAUGCAGACAAGGGACCCAUUGGAAGACUUCAUAGACCUGUUCUACAUUGACUACCCUGCCAUGUUCAAAACCAUCUCUGUCCUUCCUACCACAGCAGAAAUGAUAGACACAGCCCAUGUGUUCUUUGCCAAUCCUGAUCUGAAUGUUGUGGUGAAGGGAGCUACAAGCGGCAUGCAGUGGGGCUUGAAUUCUUCUCGGGAAGAGACCAUUGAUACUGCCAUUGGAAUGCUGUCCCUCCUCACUUUCCCUGACGCGUCAUCAAUGGAUCUCCUGACAAAAGCUGCUAAUAUGCUUCCUGAUGGCUUUCCAUUCUCCUCAGUGCUUAAAAAUAUCACCAGAGGGCUUGCCACAGAAUCUCAAGAGAACCUGAUCCUCAUGCAACAGACCGUCCAAACAGCCGGUGAGCUCCUCCAGAUCAACCUGAUGGACCCACGAUUCACAGAGCAACUUGGCCUCCUGAGAUCCCAGGUAUGCUUCUUGGAGAAUACGGAUUCUGUGCGUGUGCUGGUUGGGGCCCUCUCCAUGCAGCCUGGUCAGCUGUGUCACACUUAUGUACCCAGCCUACAGAUCUUGGCUCGGAGUCUGAUGAUGAACAAGACCUCUCUGACCGAUGCCAUCUUUAAGGCUUUCAUCGGAGACCCUAGCACCUAUGAUGUCCAGUUAAACUGGACCUCUGUGUUGAGUCAAAGUUUGGGCUUGGACCUCAGCAGCCUGAGAUCUCUCAACCUUAGCAUCCCUUCCCCAGGAGCUGUGACGGUCAGCGAGAUGCUAAGGAAUAAAACAGCCUUCUCUGAGGACGUUCAGCGACACAUGAAUCUUGAUCGAGCUGCUCUCAACCUCCUGAUGGAAACCACUCUACCAAACAACAGUUUAGUGAUCCUGUCGUGGUUGGUCAACCUGCGUCACUGCAACUCACCAUCAUUCGAGGACAUGAACGAGACAGAUGUCAUCUUAAAAACCUUCUGCAACAUGUCUGCUGAACAGUGGUACAGCUUGUCACUGCUGAUGGCUCGCCAUCUCAACACAGAGAAAGUCAUAUACAGAAUGGUGUUGUCUGAAGAACUGCAGAGCUUGGUGGGAUUUUUGCUUCAAAUGGUUCAGGGUUUAACCAACAAGAUGGGAAAGAUUGUUCCUGUCAUUUCUAAGCUGCAAAACUACCUGCUCUCAGUCAGAGACCUCAACCUGAAUGCAAACAACGAAUUUAGCCAAAUGACGAGAGGACAAAGGACCAGAAUGUCUAGCAAAGCUACAUUCGUCACCUUAUCACGAGCGUUGUGCAGUAAUGGCAUCAUGGCUCUGUUUGGAAUUUCCAAGCUGCCUGCCAUGGCGGAGGCGAACAUCUCCUUCCCCAACAACCAGCAGCAGGAGAUGAUCGAGAGGUUCAAGAUUCCACAAAAUGCCACUCCAUUCUGCAUGAAUAUGUACCUGGACAUGGUCAAUACCACAGGAGGAGCCAUCGCCUGGGCCUUCCUCAAACCAAUGCUAAUGGGACAAAUUCUUUACACUCCUGACACACCCGUCACCAGGGCCAUAAUGGAGAAGGCCAAUGCCACCUUGCAGGAGUUUGCAAAUCUGAGGAAGAACUCCGAGGACUGGAUUGAAUCCUCCAACUACAUCAUAAACUAUGCCAAAAUACUCAGCCUCACUUUGCCAAUGCUGCAGAAUUCCCUCAGCAAUUCCUUUGUGAAGAAUUUCAUUGAGAUGCAGACAGACAUCAAUGUCGACAGAAUGAAGGAGACGCUCAGCAACUUCUCUAACAUGACGCUUAUGCUGGAGAAGAACCAGCACAUAAUGAAUCAGAUCACCACCUUGUCCACCCUAAUGGUGGACCUCUCCUCCUGUAUCAAGUUUGACCGCUACACCGGCUACAACUCCACCGACCAGCUCGAUGCUGUAGCUCAUGACCUUGCCAUAAACCGUGAUCUCUACGCAAGUGUCAUCUUCAAGCUUCCCAAUGACGACAACUCAUCCAGGAAGCGUCAGGCCAGGUCUUCCUCCCCCACAUCCCCCCUGCCUCCCAAAGUCAGCUACACUAUCCGCAUGCACAUGGACAACGUCAUGCGUACUGACAGAGUCCGGGACCCCUAUUAUGUGAGGAAGACAUACAUCUCGGGUAGUCAGACGAUGCGCUACAACCGGGGCUUUGUCUACCUGCAGGAGAACAUUGACCGAGCCAUCAUUGAGACCCAAACCGGACAGAAGGUCCCAGAGACGGCUGUCCAGCUGCAGCCCUUCCCUUAUCCCUGCUUCCCCCGGGAUGAGUACCUGGAGGCCAUCUCUUUUGUCUUCCCAAUCAUGCUGAUGUUGGCCUGGGUGCUGUUCGUGGCUGACUUUGUGAAGAAACUGGUGCAUGAGAGAGAGCUGAGGCUGCAUGAGUACAUGAAAAUGAUGGGAGUCAACCCGGUCAGCCACUUCUUUGCUUGGUUCCUGGAGUGUGCCUCCUACAUGGUGUUUACCAUCUUCAUCCUCACACUGAUUUUGAAGUACGGCAGGAUCUUGCCCAACAGUGAUGGCUUCCUCCUUUUCUUGUACCUCUGCGACUAUGGUUUGAGCAUCCUGGCCUUCAGUUACCUGGUCAGCUCCUUCUUUGACAAGACCUACAUUGCCGGUCUUAGUGGCAGCCUCCUUUAUGUCCUCUGCUUCUUCCCCUUCAUUGUGGUCUUGGCCGUUGAGACACGUCUCACCUUUUCCCAGAAGAGCGCCCUGAGUUUGUUUGCCCCGACUUGUUUUAGUUAUGCCAGUCAAUAUGUCUCUCGAUACGAGUCCCAAGGAGAAGGCAUUAAUUGGAGCAACUCAUACACCUCACCCAUUGCUGAAGACACAGCUUCGUUCGGUUGGCUGUGCUGGCUGAUGCUCAUCGACUCCAUCCUCUAUUUCUUAAUUGGGGCAUAUAUCCGCAUGGUCUUCCCAGGAAAGUACGGUAUCUCUUCCCCAUGGUACUUCCCAUUCCAAGCCUCCUUCUGGGCCAACCUGUGCUGUUGCGUUAAGUCAAACAGUAAGACGAGCAGAGGGCUCCUCUUUACCAACAUCAUGCAGAAAAACCAGCCUGUCUUCUCCGACGACAAGGGAAAAGGUCAGAGCACUCUUUCCUCUCAGGCCGGUGAGGAUUUCUCAGAGCUCCCGGUGGGCGUUGCCCUGCAUGGUCUCAGCAAGAACUAUGGCCAACGACUAGCUAUUGACAAUCUGAAUGUUUCCUUCUACGAGGGCCAUGUCACCUCACUGCUUGGUCCCAAUGGAGCUGGCAAGACCACCACCAUGUCUCUCCUGACUGGCCUUUUCGCCCCAUCUUCGGGCACCAUCGAGGUCUACGGCCGAGACAUGCAGACCAACAUCGAUGACAUUCGCAAAGAGCUAGGGGUGUGCAUGCAAUAUGACGUCCUCUUUGACCACAUGACCACCAAGGAGCACCUGCUGCUGUACGGCCAGAUCAAGGCCCCACACUGGUCACAGAGGGAACUGCAUGAACAAGUCCGCACGAUCCUAGAGGAGACAGGCAUGUACCUUCACAGACACAAGCGGGUGGGCACCCUGUCGGGCGGCAUGAAGCGCAAGCUGUCAAUCUCCAUCGCCUUCAUAGGGGGCUCUCGCUUGGUGGUACUGGAUGAACCCACCACAGGAGUUGAUCCCUGCUCCAGGCGCAGCAUCUGGGAUAUUGUUAUCCAGCAGAAGAAACAUCGCACCAUCAUCAUGUCCACCCACCACCUGGAUGAAGCUGAAGUACUGAGCGACCGCAUCACCUUCCUAGACAGAGGAGGGUUAAAAUGCUGCGGAUCCCCCUUCUACCUAAAAGAGAAGCUGGGUCAGGGCUACAAACUCACUCUCACCAAGAAGAUACAGAACCUAGAAUCUGAGCGGAUUGACAAUGCUGAUCUGAAGGACUUUAUCCAAGCUCAUGUACCUGAAGCGCAACUGAAGGAGGCUCAGGGGGGUGACUUGAUCUACUCACUGCCCCCCUUCACCUCAUCCAACGCCUCCUCAUUCCGCUCCCUCCUGACCGCACUGGACUCCAACCUUGAUGCUCUUCAGCUUGGGGGCUAUGGCAUCUCUGAUACCAGCCUAGAGGAGGUGUUCCUCCAGUUGACUCACGGAAACAGUGAGGAUGACCCCCUGUCUAUCUCGGAGACGGUUUCUGACACCUUAUCCAUUGACAGUUUCGCUUCAGACUCCAGUGGAAGCAUCUCCAGCUUUGGUGACAGGAUCACGCUUACCAGUACGCCCAUGAUGUCUGGCAUGUCCCUGGCCUGGCAGCAGAUCGCAGCCAUACUGAUCAAGAGGUUCCACCACAGCCGCAGAGACUGGAAGGGCCUGAUCUCCCAGAUCCUACUUCCUGUCCUGUUCAUUGUGUUUGCUAUGGGCCUGGGCUCCAUAAAGAACGACCUGCAGCACUAUCCUGAGUUGGAGCUCAGCCCUGCGCUUUACAACUUCGCACCGAGCUACUCUUUCUUCAGCAAUCAAAAUCCCAGCUCCAGCCAGCUGGCGGACACCCUGACGUCAUUCCCUGGAAUCGAUAAUGCCUGCCUUGACAUGUCCGAUAACCCGGUCUGCACAACAAGCUCAAACAACUGGACUUCCAGUGGGAACAGCUCUAAACCAUUUAGUGUCUGUAAAUGCACCCGUCAGGAACAGAUUUGUGACAAGGACAACUUCCAGCCCCCUCAUAAGAAAAUCCCUUCAUCUCAGAUUGUGUAUAACCUGAGUGGAAUCAAUGUGGAGAACUACCUGGUGGCCACGGCAAAUGACUUCAUCAAGAACAGGUAUGGUGGCUUUGAUUUUGGCAUGCCUCUCCCUUCUGACUUACAAAUGGACCUAACAGCGGUGCCCAAAAACCGUACACUGUCUAAGGUCUGGUUCAACCCUGAGGGCUACCACACAAUGCCAGCAUACUUAAACAGCCUCAACAACUUCAUCCUACGCUCCAAUCUUCCAGCACACAAGGAUCCAAGUAGAUAUGCCAUUUCAGUUUCCAGUCACCCCUACUUCGGCCGGGUGGAUGAUGAAGAUGUAAUUGUCCAAGGAAUGCUCCAGAUCCUAGUGGCUAUGUGUGUACUGACUGGUUAUUCAAUCACGCUAGCCAGCUUCGCCAUCUAUGAAGUCAAGGAGCACCACAGCGGCUCCAAGAGGCUCCAGCACAUUGCUGGCAUCAGUGAGCCCCUUUACUGGGCUGUGAACUUCUUUUAUGACAUGGUCAUCUAUCUGAUCCCUGUGACUUUGACUGUCGGCGUGAUUGCAGCCUUCCAGAUUCCAGCAUUCACAGAUCGGCAAAAUUUGGGUGCUGUCGCCCUACUGCUGGUGCUCUUUGGGUUUGCAACCUUCCCCUGGAUGUAUCUGUUAUCAGAUGUCUUCAAGGAUGAAGAGAUGGCCUUCAUCACCUAUGUGUGCAUCAACCUCUUCAUCAGUGUCAACACCAUCUUGACCACCUCCGUUCUGUACUUUAUGGGUCAAAUUUCAAUACGCAAGAUUGAGGUCAGCCAGGACAUCUUUAAGAGGCUGUGCCAUGCCUUCCUCAUCUUCCCCCAGUUCAACUUUGGUAACGGGAUGUUGCAACUGGCCAGGACAAACAUAGAGGUCCAGAUCCUCGGUGGCUACGGCAUUGACGCCUAUCAGAACCCGUUCUCCACAGAAGGCCUGGGCUGGAUGUUCAUCUCCUCCUUCAUCCAAGGCCUGUUCUUCUUCACCCUGCGCCUUCUGCUCAACAGGUUCCUAAUACGCAAAGUCAGGCAUCUCAUUUGUGCCAGAAAGACGGUGCCCAAGGCGGCAUGUGCAGACGAGGACGAGGAUGAGGAUGUGGCGGCUGAGCACCUACGGGUGUCCAGUGGAGCCGCCAGCUCAGAUAUACUGCAGGUCAACCAGCUCACUAAAGUCUAUCAACACUUCAAGAAGAAGGUCCAUGCUGUUAAGAAGCUCUCUGUGGGCAUCCCUGCAGGAGAGUGCUUUGGUCUGCUGGGAGUAAACGGAGCAGGAAAAACUACCACCUUCAAGAUGCUUACUGGAGAUGUUAGCCCCACUGAUGGCACAGCACAGAUCAGAGACUGGAAUGGGCAAUUGGUAGACAUCAUGGAGUGCCGUAACAAGGGAAUUAACAUCGGCUACUGUCCCCAGGUGGAUGCACUGGACAAUCUGCUCACUGGAGAAGAGCACUUGUACUUCUACGCUCGCAUACGAGGCAUCUCAAAGAGGGAAAUAGACGGGGUGGUGAACUACCUACUGAAGAGGCUGGAGCUGAACUACCACAGAAACAUCAUUACUGAUGGUUACAGUUGUGGCACCCGCAGGAAGCUCUCUACUGCGCUGGCUCUCAUCGGGCAUCCGCAAAUCCUACUCCUGGAUGAGCCAAGCUCCGGCAUGGACCCUCGCACCAAGCGCCACCUGUGGAAAAUCAUCUCCGAGGAAGUGAAAGGAAAAUCUGCAGUGGUCCUCACCUCUCACAGCAUGGAGGAGUGUGAGGCACUGUGCAGCCGUCUUGCCAUCAUGGUGAAAGGUCAGUUCCGUUGCCUGGGCUCCCUGCAGCACAUUAAGAACAGGUUUGGCAACGGGUUCACUGUGAAGAUGUACUUGGCCGAGGCCUCCUGCGACACAAAGGCAAUCACUGGCUUCAUGCAGCGCCAAUUUCCCAGCACUUAUCUCAAGGACCACCACUCCUCCAUGGUGGAGUACCACGUACCAAUUGCUCCAGGAGGGGUGGCUGACAUCUUCGACCAGCUGGAAUCCAACAAGAAUGUUCUGCAGAUCAAACACUUCUCUGUGAGCCAGACCACCCUGGAUGAGGUCUUCAUCAACUUUGCCAUGGGAAAGAUCGACAUGGAGACCAUACCAAUUCACAGCAAUGACGAAUGUGAUGGCCUGGGCUCCAUUACGGCACAGCAAACGUAGAGCUGACUGACAUCUUCUCUUUGCCAUUUUGCCAGUGCCCACUGACAAUGAAAUAGUAUCCGUUUAUAGUAAAUCUAUCAUUAAUAUGUACCGGUAUGUGAAAAAUAGGAGUUUAAAGCAUUCAUGUUUUAAAACUACUGAUUAUCUUGUAAGUAUAUUGACUGAUCAUAUGAAGAGGGCUUGAUAUUUCUAUCUUUAGUAAUUAAAUUAUUAAUGAAAAGCAGAAGAGAACAUGCACAUCUGCGUACAUGCACAGAUGAAAAAGUUGAUAAAUUGAAGUAUUGUGUUUAUUGACUGUCUUCCUAUCUAACAUGCACCUGUAUAUUAUUAUUUAUGAAGUAUAAACUUAAUCAUGUAGGCUUUAAAUUUUUCUUUGUGAUUGGGGCACUGUUCACUAUUAGAAUAUUAUACCAUAGAAAAUCAAAAACACUGUAUUUUCUAUUUAGAAACAUUUCUAUAUUGCCUUAGUGUUGAUUUUAUAUCAUGUUAACACACUCUAUAUAUGCACACUAUAUAUAUAACAAAUUAGUAUUUUUUUUUAUCUAAGGAACAUGCAAUUAUGCCUACUGGAUGAAACAAAUAAGAAGAAAAUAUUCACACUUCCUUAAUGUGCACAAUUUUUCCCUACUCAUUAACAUUUCCUCUAAGGGCAUACCUAACUUUUAGAAUGAGUGUAAUGAAUAUUUAAUGCAUUUAAUUUCCUCCCAAUGGACCAAUUCCAAAUUGUCUUGAAUGUAUAAAGCCUAUUUUUAUUAUUCUAAUAAAGACAUUUAUCAAAUGCAA